CAAUGAACAAUCAUUAAGGAAUAAUCUUGCUCUGUGUAAAUUCUACAGUUAGUCUAAUAUCAUUAAAUAAAUAUCUCUAGUAACGAUUUGCGAGAUUUUUUAAAUAUUUUAUAUGCCAUUGAAUAUUACGGUAUAAAAGAGAACUUGCAGUUUGCAUCUUCAGAUGGUCGGAAUGGAAUGGGCAAUGUGGGGAUGAAUAACUAUUUUGACCGUCCGUGCACUGACAACUGGUAGAGUCAGGUUGAGUACCAACAUUACUAAAAGAAAUAAGUGUAGCUGCCAAGUGACAGCUGGUUUGGUUUUGUUGUAUCGGUUAUUUGUUUGGAAUAAAUUUUUAUUUUCUACGGAUAAUUUAGGAUAACAUGUGAUAUUUGUCAUAACAUUGUUAAGGAAAAGAUAUUUUCCUACAUUAUUUUUGGCACAAUUAAGAAGAAAUACACAAUGUUGUCUGCAUUUAAAAGAUUAGCUGGAAAAUCUGAUGGAGUUGGCAAUGUGUCUCCUAGACCAGCUCAUCAGUCUAUGCCAACUACGUUACAGAGAAAAUUUGCCAAAGGUGUACAAUAUAAUACAUUUGUUUUCAGUGAAAAUUAUUAUAAAGGGUGAUAGAAAUGUGGGAAAAACUUGUUUAUUUCAUAGACUUCAGGGCCAAAAAUUUAUAGAAGAAUACAUACCAACGGAAGAAAUACAAGUGACCAGCAUUCAAUGGAAUUAUAAAGCUACUGAUGAUAUUGUUAAAGUGGAAGUGUGGGAUGUUGUAGAUAAGGGUCGACGAAGGAAAAAAUUUGAGGGUCUGAAAAUGGAUAAUUCACAAUCUGAAAAUAUAAUUGAAGAACCUGCAUUGGAUGCAGAAUUUCUUGAUGUGUAUAAAGGGACCAAUGGUGUUAUCAUUAUGAUGGAUAUUACAAAAUCUUGGACAUUUGAUUACGUACAAAGAGAACUUCCAAAAAUACCUAGCCAUAUUCCAGUCAUUGUUUUAGGAAAUCAUUGUGACAUGUCUCAUCAUAGAACAGUUACAUCGGAUCAUGUGAUAUACUUUAUUGACUCCUUACAUGAAAGAUCAGCACAAGUAAGGUACACAGAAUCAUCUAUGAGAAAUGGCUUUGGAUUAAAACUUUUACAUAAAUUCUUCAAUCUUCCAUUCCUUCAGUUACAACGAGAGACAUUAUUAAAACAACUUGAUACCAAUGAAGAGGAAACACGUUUGACAGUACAAGAACUUGAUCUCUUUCAGGACAGUGACGACGCCGAUUAUAAUAAAUUUCUGGAUAAUCUUGUUAACAGAAGGAGAGCUAUUGCUGACUCUGUUUCUGCCAGUAUUCUAGUCUCUAAUGUUACAACUUCACUAAGUAAUCAUCAUAUAUCGUCUUCUAAUGGAAACAUAAAUGCAAGUACGGAAGUUAGGAGGUCCAUUUCAAUGCCUGGCCCUAUAGGAGGUGGAACACCCAUACCAGUGAAAAAUAUAGAUCUGAGAUCGUCGCCAAAGAAAGAAAAUUCAAGUACUUUAGAGAAUCAAAUAGCCUCUACUAAAACCAUACAGAAUGCACCGGCGUUGUCUGCCACUCAAAAUAUUUCAAACACUGACUCUAAAGUGUCCGAAUUUUUAAAUAGUAACUCCGAUAGAAGAGAUUCCAUUAGCAAACCACAAUCACUUAUGUCCAAGAUAUUUGGUAACAAAAAGGAAGACGAAGUGGACAAAGUAAUACAUAUUAAUAACAUGAAUACAAGUGUACCGUUAACGAGCGUUGAAGAUUUCGUACCGGAUGAUGGUCUUCUGGACCGAUCAUUCUUAGAAGAGGGUAGUCAAAUUUCACCACAGAAAGUACAACAUCAAGAGUUAGAUUCUGAAAGUGAUACCGAAACCGCAAAUCCAUUGGUUGCCGGCUACGAGGAUGACUUGUCAUCCACCGAAGAAACAACACCACCAAUUCAACCGAAAUUAGCCGAGAACCCAUUAUCCAAACAAAAACAUAGGCGUGAAAUAAAUACAGAAGUAAAUUCAGAAAAACUUCGACAAAUUACUAAACGUGACUCCGUUUCAUCAAUAGAUCAAGAAUUGCAAAUAUCAAAUAUUUGUGAUAUAAAUGAACAACAAGAGAUUAGUUCCGACGAAUUUGACAUUUGGCUUCAACGUGAUUCUAAAUGGAGACAAAGUCCGGAAGGUGGUGAAGAUGUGAGCAGUAAUAGUACAAGAAAAGACAGAUUAGGAUUGAGCGAUAAAAGCUUGGAUGUCAGCGUGACAAGUUCCAAUGUGCAUCUGGAGCUACUCGAUAACGCUAGUGUACAACAUAUGAGUUCUAAUGGCAGCAGUCCUGUGCUAAAAGAAAAGAAAAAGCAUAAAGAAAAGACGGAAGAUAAGGAGAAAAAGAAGAAAAAGAAAUCUAAAGAUAAGGAAAAGGAGAAAGAUAGAACAGACAAGACGGAAAGGAAGAAGAAGCGUUCUUCGCACCGAUCCAGAGAAGAAAGUAGAGAACAGGAGAGUCGAAAAAUUUCCGAAUGGUUCUGGCCCCCGAAUUGAUAUUGAUAUUGCCUAUGAAACUAUAUAGCGUUCUGCUUAAAUAAUGUUACAUUUAAUCGUAUUUCUAAUCCAUAACAGUGUCUUCUGGUAAGGCACACAUUUCCUAUACCAAUAAAUCUUUAAAAAUAAAACUGAGAUUAAUGCUUGCCGUUAAUUUUAAAGCAAGCUGAGUAUGAUAUGAAUGUUUUGUUAUAAUUCUUUGUAUAAUAAGGCAACGUUAUGACUUGUAACACAAGAAGAUUUUUAUUAAACCAAAAGUAAUAUUAUAUUUUUAAGUUUAAAUUUUGAAUAAUUGUUGAUAAUAUAUUUGUCUAAUUAGCAUUCCAUUAGCAUCCCAUGUAAAAAUGUGUACGAUAUAUUCAUUCGAAUUUA